CGACAACAACAUGAAAGGCGACGAGUGUUCAGCCCGACCGACUGUGCGCCCACAAAUCGAGCCCAAAAGCACUUUGUGUCCGAUUAUAAAUUGAGCCCCGAAAACCAGGCGCCUCAACGCGCCUUUGUCGCAAAAAACAAACCGCCGGUGCGAGUUUUUACGACGCGGCCACGCAGUUUAUUUGAUGUCAAACACCCUGCAGAGGCGGAGAUGGUUUGGUCUGUAGUAGGUGGGACUGCCGAGCGGUCUGCAGCAGGACGUCGUAGAUCAAUGAACCGGACCGGAGGGCUGGUCCAUCGCUUGGCGUGCAUCUGACUGUAUAGAUGUGUCAGUAUACCUAUGCAGGACCGAGGCUUUAUUACUAAUAAUCAGCCCCUUCAGUAUGCGGAUGUUUUAAACCGACUCGCUUUAUCAUAGGCUCCUCACACCGCUUGGAUUCCGUCUCUAGUGGCUCCUCGUCGCGAAUUUUUUUUGGGGGGAAAUAAAAAUUUAUCUGUAACCUCCAGGAUGAUCUUUGCAAACACAGGCAACCCGCUGAAGACAUCCAAUCGUAAGCAGCUCCCAUACACUUCCUAACAGUGGGUUUCCUGUGUGCAGUCGUACCCCAUGACUCCGUCCAGUCCCAGCAGCAGCAGCAACAGCAGCAGCACAGGCCUGGAGCAGCUCAGCAAAACCAACCUGUACAUCCGAGGCCUGCCUCCCGCUACUACAGACCUGGACCUGGUCAAACUCUGUCACCAGUAUGGCAAGAUUCAGUCAGCAAAGGCAAUCCUGGACAAGACAACCAACAAAUGUAAAGGUUACGGCUUUGUGGACUUUGACAGCCCGGCGGCUGCUUUAAAGGCUGUACAUGCUCUGAAAACCAGCGGCAUACAGGCCCAGAUGGCCAAGCAACAGGAGCAGGACCCCACAAAUCUGUACAUUUCCAACUUGCCUCUCUCUGUGGAUGAGAAAGAGUUGGAGAACAUGCUGCAGCCCUUCGGCCAGGUUGUCUCCACACGGAUCCUCAGAGACUACAGCGGCAACAGCCGAGGCGUGGGCUUCGCCAGGAUGGACACAACAGAGCAGUGUAACGCAGUCAUCUCCCACUUUAAUGGAAAGUUUAUAAAGAUGGCUUCUGGAGCUCUGGCUCCCCCUCAGCCCUUGCUGUGUAAGUUUGCAGACAGUCAAAGGAAGAAACAUGCUCACAGUGGAUUUGUUCCCAAUGGACAGACAGGGGAUCUCAGACUAGGUGCAAUGACUCUCACCUAUGACCCCUCUUCAGCAGCUAUACAGAAUGGGUACUACCCUUCUCCGUAUCCAGUGACCAACAGGAUAAUGACUGUGCAGCCUGCGAUGUCUCCCUACAUGUCUCCAGUCUCUGCUUACCAGGUACAGAGUCAUUCUUGGGUGGCACAUCAACCAUAUAUCAUGCAACACCCGGCUGCUGUGAUGUCUCCCUCUGUGGAUCCCUCCAUGUCACUGCACCCCACAGCCAUGAUUACUCAGCAGAUGGGUCAGCUGUCAUUGGGAAACACUGGAGCGUAUAUUGCUGCCAACCCUGGUGUCCAGGGAGCUUACAUGCCUCAGUAUCCUCCCAUGCAGGCUCCACCUGAAAAUGGCACACCGCAGCAAGUGGAUUCUUCCAACAACUCAUCUCCUUACAGUCAGCUCAGCAAGUAAUCACAGGCUGUUUUACCGCUCUGUGAGCCAGAGUGCAGGUGGUAAAACGUUGCUGAUGACAUCACAGUGAUAACAGUCACCGCCUUCUCUGAUUGGACCAGACACAUGAACUUUUUUGCACAGCCCCGACAUUUGUGGUGGAAAAUGAGGACAAGUGUAAAUGGACUGAAGCAGUUGGCUAGUCACAGAAAAAAAAAAAAACAAGAUUUAUUUUGAUAAGAAACAACAUGCUCUUCUUUUUCCUCUUUUUUCAUGGAUUCUCAAACCAAUACCAGAGGACCCACUCACCCCACCCCACCCCAUCACCCUUCCUUAGGUUCACCCCCCGCCCCUCUCCCCUCCUUAGCCCACACCCCUCUCCCCCAGUAUGAUGGGAUAUUAAAAUGCAUGAGAUUGAGAUAUUUCCCCUCCAUCCAAGGUUUCUAUGAUUUUAAAGUUCCUUUAUUUGUGAUAUAUGAAAACACCUUGCAAAACGUUGUUUGCACUGAAGUUUAAAGUUUCAGAAUAGCUUCAUUUUGGGUUUGUGGCCACAGAAGAGCUUAACAAAAUCAGCUUAUGUUCAAUUGUACUUGAUAGCUGACACAGGUGACCAUUUCAUUAGGGAAUUAAUGAAUUUAUUAUUGGAAAAGGUGCCUUCCUUACGUCACAUCAAACAUUCUUCAAAACAUUUUUCAUUGAAACUUGAUCAGGUGUCAUAUUUCUAUAUCUGAUUGAUCAAAUGUGUGUGUGAAAUCAUGGAGCUUUCCAUUGAGUGUUUCGCUAUCUAGUCUUCUGGUAGCAAUAAAGACAAUGAGAGUCCCACGGCAAUACUAAAAAAAAAAGAAUGGUGGCAAACUCAGAGCAAGGUAAUUCCUUAUUUUCCUCUUUCUUUUCUUUCUUUUUUUUAAAACUUUAAGACAGGACAUGAAACAAGAGCCGUACUUUUAUGAAAUUACAAGUUUUACACCCAAUGGGCAUCUUUUAGGAGGUUGUUUUUUUGUGUUUCUCUUGUGGUCAGUUAGACCAGUGAUCUACCUCAUGGUUCUGCUGGAGUCUGCUGGUGUCGUUGAGGGUUUGCAGGUAAAGCCCCCUUUUCACCAGAGUGGACGAGGCAGAACAAAAGCCAUGCUCAGGAGCUGGCUAAAUAGGACUUCUACCGUUUGUCUCCCACAUGCAGCAUUUCUCUUCCUGAUUUUUCAAAGAAACAUUGUGCUUUUGCCUCAUCUUUAUUUGUCAUUGCUUCUGUUCUGGUGUUUGUUUUUCCUCAACAUGAUGAGUGUCGUUCCGUUGUGAUGCUCCAUUUUAGAGAUUCGAAGUAAGGCAACUACUAGCUCCUCCUUAAAGUAGUUGGUUUACAAUGUGUUUGAAACAAAUGAAUGCAGGCUACAUGCAUUCAUUUGAUGCAUUCUUCUGCCUUUAUCAUGUUAGACAGAUCUUAGCUGACUCACCACUUUCCCUUACCUUUUGUCUUCUUCCUUUUAAAAAAAAAUCACUCCCUUGGGUUACAUUGCUAUUGUAAAGCUCUCCAGAGCUAAGGGGGCGCUUUAGCCAAAUUUUGGUAAUUUGGCUUUACAACAGUUUAAUAGUGUUCAUGCCAAAUAAUUUGGAUGAUUCGUAACUCAAAUCUUGCCUCUUGUAAAACUAAUGCAACAAUCAUGUAUGAAGUACUUCAAUAAGACAGCAGUAUUUCAUUAGAAUUUAAUGAAAGUUGAAAUCACAUUGCAGACAGCAUGUAUUCAAAGGUUGGCUUGUUAAGGAUUAGAUUAGUAAAUUAUAUACAGUCAGGGCCAAAAGUGAAAAAUAAGUGAGUUUUAUUGUUUGCUUUGCUCUUUUUUUCCCUUAAGAUUUAUGAUUUCUGAUGUAAGAACUCUACACUACUAAGAAACAAGAAACAUGGUCAAAGCUGUACGGUCGCGGUGCUUCUCCUCGAUCAGUAGUACUGUAGCAGCAAAUGCUCACUGUAGGAAAAAAUACAAGCAGGCUUUUACUGAGCGUGCUUUCCCAUUCUGAACAUUUGCUGCUGGAAAAAAUGUAAAAAAUGAAAAAAGAAAACACAAAAAAAUUUGUACAUUAUCCUCAUUGCUUCCCCUGUCACCUUCAGCCGAUUCUCAAACAAUCUUCUCCUUGCUCUCUCCUUUGAAAAGAUUGGAAAAAUACAGUGAUGAAUAAAAGGCUCUUCUCUUUCUCA